UAUUCACGAUGCGAGGAGAGAAACCAGUUGCAAAAGAUGCCACAUCGUACUUUGAAAUUGAGAUAGAAGACAAUCCAAAACAAUGUGACAUUAUAAUAGGAUUUUGUUCAUCUAAGGAAUUUCAAAAGGAGUUGUCUCUAGGUCGAUCUUAGACAAGUGUAGGAUUCCAUUCAAAAACUGGUUAAGUUUAUUGGAGGAAUGCUUUACAUUAAGAUCAUAAGUUUUAAGCUGUUUAUGGAGAGACAAUUGGAAUUGGUAUAAGAUAGAAGGAUGGGAGAGUAUGGUUGAGUUACAAUGGGAGGUUCUUGAAUCCUCCACCUCUAAGUGAAGGAAAGAACCAAGAAGACUUAGAAAAGGAGAAGAAGAAGGAAGAAGGAGAGAGUGAAAUUGAUAUUGGUGAAUAUUUAAAAUUAAAAUUUUUAUAGACUUGAAUAAUAGGAAUAAAGAGAUUGAGGAAAAGAGGAAAGCUUUGGUUUUGAGUAUGGGAGAGCAUUAAGAGUUAUAUCCUGCAAUUAGUGUUAAUGGACCUUGUAAAAUUAAUUUAAAUGUUGGGAGUAUGUAGUUUAGGAUGAGUUAAAAGGAAUUGAGACAUGGAUUAUUGCAUUGA